GCGCAUUGUGAGAGACGAUCGAGACAGCGGAGAGAGGAGGGAGGAGGGGGCGGAUCGGCGAAAUCCAGGGAGAAAUCCAGAGAUGGCGCUGCUGAAGCGCAGCAGUCCGAGCUCGUUCUCGCCCGUGAGGUACAUCAGCCUGCCGGGGCUGGUGAUCUGGGUCAUGGUGACGUACAUCGCGGUGGAUCUGGGCAUGCACUUGUCGAGCUCGGAGCACGGGCGCGUGCACAAGCAGGUGAUGAAGGAGCUGCAGAGCUCGCUGGCGUCGAGGUUCGCCGAGAAGGCGGCGGCGGAGGACGAGAGCAAGCUGCUGCGGCUGGACGGCGAGGAGGACGAGGCGGCGCGGUGCAACAGCGUCGAGGCGCACAUGGACGUGUUCGAGGGCCAGGCGCGCAAGCCCCAGGACCCGUGGAAUCAGCUGAAGUGGGGGCUGCCGCCCGCGGACUGCCGCGUCAAGGGCCACCUGAUCGAGCGCCUGGACCCGCUGAACAACUACCGGCGCGGCGUGGCGCUGGGCUUCACCACCGACCUCGACGACAAGACGCAGAUCGAGCACUGGUUUCUUGGCACCAAAGAGGAUUUGAAUCAGGCGCGGCGGCGCGUCUUCAUCGACCUGGGCGCCAACUACUUCACGUCCAGCGUCAUGUGGUUCAUGCACCGGUACCCGUGCGAUUUCACCGAGGUGCACGCCUUCGAGGCCGAUCCGACGCUUUUCAAAUUCCCGCCCGGCUGGGACGAGGAGCGCAACUGGGUCGAGCCCGAGCGCCACGGCUGGGCCAAGAUCAAGUCGCGCGCCGGGCACGUCCCGUCGUGGCUGCUCAGCCGCAUCCGCUACUACAACAAGUUCGCGGGCGUGAUCGACAACGCGUCGUCCGUCAACAUCACCCGCUUCAUGAAGCACGAGCUCAAGCUCAAGCCCGAGGACACGGUGAUCGUCAAGAUGGACAUCGAAGGCGCCGAGUGGCCCAUUCUCCGCGAGUGGAUCCAAGACCCCGACAUGCCCAAGCUCGUCGACGAGCUGUUCGUCGAGCUGCACUACUGGCAUCCCGACAACAACUGGGAGUCCGUCAAGCAGUGGACCCGCGAGGACGCCACCAGAAUGCUGGCAGAUCUCCGACUCAAAGGGUUUUACGCUCAUUAUUGGGAUUAGCCGCCCCGUCGCCCUCUGCAGAGAGCCCGCACGCCAUUCCCAGCGCCUCCAAUGGCCGUGCUAACAUUCCCUUCUCAUCCGCCGUGUCUUCCACGAUUUGAUUUGUCUGGUCUUGCCCAGAUGAUGGUUUCCCGAGGUUCGUAGAAAUCCGGUUUCCUUCGGGGAUUGUUUUCGGAGAAGGGGUAGGUCAAAGGCGACAACGCUUGUGAGUAGGACGACGAAGAGAACUGAAGGACCUGCCCACCCACCGUUCACAGGACGAGAGCUCGAAGACGAAAACUUGUCGAUGUGUGUAAAUUCUAAUGGACUCGACAAAUCUUGCAGCCGGUGAGAGAUCCCAGGAUUCAGUUCCUGUAAGUUUGACGAUAAUUCGCGAGCCUGUACAUUAAGUUUCGAGACCAGGUGAGAAUUUGGAGCUUUGAGGUGGUUUUGGUUUCCACUUUGUCCGGUUUAUCAGAUCCGUAAGAAGAUCUUGCUCUAGGAUUGUGCAGGAACUCAUUUUCCAGAAGUUUUAGUAAACUGAAGCCACACCAAUUCUCUC